AUACCUGCGAAUCCUGGCGAUACUUCGGCCCCAGUUCACUAAUCAUCAAAUUGAAGUAAUCAUCCUUCGAACCAAGGAACGAAUCAAGGGCCUUUCUGGGCGAGUUUCGGAGAUUUGUGAGCUUAGAAACUUCAGCUCUCGGCGGGCUCCCAGAAAUGUGGACGGACCGAACUUGAAGCGUUUGUCUGGAAAGCACGACGUAAUCGGAGAAAUAACAUGGAAUGUGAAGAGCAAGGUAUGGCUGAAUCUGUGGGGUAUAAAAUGAUUGAGUCUACCUCCCACCGGAAGGAGAGACCCCCAAACUGAUCAAGCUCUUCGAUAUUCACAUAACAAAACACAAGUACACACUCUACAAUAUGAAGUUGACCGUGUCCAAGGCUCUUGCCCUCCUCUCCGCUACCGCCGCUACCGCGUCGGCCCUUGCGGAGGUCUCUAUCGACUUUUAUCUCAACAACAACACCUGCUCCUCUGCCAAAGCCACCACCUACACCCUGUUGGAGGGCGCGUGCCUCGGCAUCGAAGGUUGGCCCUGGCAGUCCCUUGCCCCCUACCUCUCCAACAGUGCCUGCAGCGAUGCCAAUAAGUCGCCCGUGCUGUACACCUGGACCACCUACAACGAGCAGGACUAUGACAACUGUGGUGCUGACCUCUACGCCACCUACGACGUCACUGAUGAGGCGAUCUGUUACGCCGUGGACGCAGAGUAUCUUCAGCGACUGCAGGUCAAGUGCGAGUAGUAAGAUUUUUUUGGUGGAGCCGUCAAGGAUAUAUGAUGUAUAUAAUGUAUCUCGGUAGUGGGAUGAGCCUCGUUGAAGAACUCGGGAAGAUUUGGAAAGUCCAGUCAGAAUAGUGACUGGGCCAUAGUAUGUACUAGGUUUUCGAAUCUUCGUGGCCUUUUACAUAGAUUUAAUGUGAUUGCAAGCGAGUC